AUGAUGUCCGGGACGUCAGGCCUCCGCAGACCGUGUCAGGAGAAUCUCACGCGUGUGGAAGGGGCGCUAGCCCGGCGGCACGAGGCCCAGGAGGCCCAGCGGAGGCUGGAGGCUGCGGUGGAGGCCCUGGCGCGGAGGCUGGAGCAGGAGACCAAAAAGCAAACGCAGCUUCGCCAGAUGAACCUGCGUCUGCAAGACGCCCUGGACAGAGCCACCAAUGCCACAGGCCGGUGCCCCCAGGACUGGAUUUGGCACGCCCACAGUUGCUACCGGUUCCCCCCGGGGCUGCGGAACUGGGAGAAGAGUCGGCAGCAGUGCUUGGCCCUGGACGCUCGGCUGCUGAAGAUCAGCAGCGCGGAGGAGCGGGCCUUCAUCCAGCGAGCCGCCUCUCACUCCCGGCUCUGGGAAGAUGGCUCCCCCUUGCCGGCCCGUUCAUUCAGGCUGCAGGGCGCCUUUUCCCAGAAGUACCCAUCGGGCACCUGCGCGUGCAUUCAACACGGAGCAUUUUUUGCAGAGAAUUGCAUCUUGGCCGCGUUCAGCAUAUGCCAGAAGAAAGCGUAUUCGUGGGGGGCGCGGUAA